AUGUUAUGGACCUUCAAUGGACAUCAUGAAGAUGGUUCAAGAGCCUUUGGUGGGUAUUCAGAUAACAUGGUUGUCGAAGAGAGCUAUGCAAUCCUAAUCCCAAAUGGUUUGGCAUUAGCUGGUACUACCCCAUUGUUGUGUGCCGGGAUCACCGCAUACAGCCCCCUGAAAUAUUUUGGACUCUCAAAGCUUGACAGACACUUGGGCGUGCCCGAGUUUGGUGGCGUUGGUCACAUGGCUGUGAAGUUUGCCAAAGCUUUUGGAGCGAAGGUCACUGUGAUAAGUUCCUCUCCAAGUAAGAAGAAAGAAGCAGUGGAAAGGCUUGGUGCUGAUUCUUUUUUGGUCAGUCAUAAUCAGGAGCAACUAGAGAGACAAUGCCUCGGUGUAGCAAAGUUGUAUGGCGGCCUACCCUCCUGA